CUAUAUGCCUGUAUAAGCGUCGCGACUAUCGGUGCCGGUCCGUCGGCUAGUAAGCUAGUUGGCCGUCCAAUUAUUUGAACGUCAUGCGCGCGGACGCGCGAGUCACCACAAAAGCUUCGCGAUCGGUUGUUGGGUACCGGCAUUCGACGGGCAAGGAUUGUCAACGGGUCCUGGUGAUUAACCGGCGUUUACGUCGUAACAGUGUCUCGACAGUCGGACGUAUCGAUAGAGUACAAUGAUACUGAACGUGCUCGAGCCACUCCUCGACAUCCCGACGGUCUACUACGGGGCGCUGAUGGGCUUUGGAUUCUGCGUGUAUUACCUUUUCGAAGUCGUCAAAACGCCGAUGCUGGUAUGCGCGAAUGGACCAUUCCGAUCAUUCCUAGAAGAACAUGUGCCGCUCGUUAGGAACAAAUUUUGGCCGACCUUAUGGUGCUUCGAAUCAAGAGCACAGACUAUUUUAGCCAGUUUGCUUAGGUCACGGAUAUUGCCACAAAUUCAUUAUCGCAGAGAAAUCCUAACCUUGUCGGAUGGAGGUGAAGUGGCUCUAGAUUGGGCGGAAGAAGGAAGCUCUACUACUUCGCCCAUCGUGAUUAUUUUACCAGGACUUACCGGUGCAAGCCAAGCGGAAUACAUCAAGUGUCUGGUCUCCUCAGCGAAAAAGGUCGGCAUACGAUGCGUCAUCUUCAACAACAGAGGAUUAGGAGGCGUGGAAUUGAAGACACAACGGAUGUAUUGUGCUGCGAACAGCGAUGAUUUGUCCGAGGUCAUCGAACACGUAAAAAAACUGAAUCCCCAAGUACCGCUUGGAGCGACUGGAAUUUCGAUGGGAGGAUUAAUUCUAGGUAAUUAUUUAGCUCAACAAGGUGUAAUGGCAAGCAGCAAACUGAGAGGAUGCUUCUUGAUCUCUGUACCGUGGAACGUUUUCGCCGCGACGAAAAAUACGGAGGAGAAUUAUUUUAAUUUAAUGAUGAACAAAUAUUUGGCUGGCACUCUUCGAAAGAACAUAGAACGUUUGCAUUAUGCGACCGAACCAGGAUUCUUCGACAUCGAUAUUGACACGAUUCUUAAAAGUCAAACCGUGCGAGAGUUUGAUUCGCAUUUCACGGUGAAACAAUUUGGGUAUAGAGACGUGGAGGAGUACUAUUCUAAUGCGACCUUACACGAUAAAUUACACUUAAUUGAUGUGCCGUUGUUAUGCCUUAGCGCUGCUGAUGACCCAUUUCAACCAGUUCAAGCUAUUCCUCUGAAAGAAAUUUCGGAAACCAAAAAGGUAGCUGUUGUGGUAACUUCGCGUGGCGGGCAUAUUGGUUUCUUGGAAGGCGUGUGGCCAGUUAAAGAGGAACAAUAUAUGGGUAAACUGUUUUCACAAUUUUUCAACGCGCUAUUUACUACUGAUGUUGAUCAUCAGAUGUUAUGACGAACUUACAACUUAAAUUUCAAAUCCAUCUUUAAUUAUCGAUAUCAUUGUCUUCUCUACGUUUGACCAUUACGCGCGAAUGAUCACGUGCCAUGAUUAAUAUUAUUCAGGGUACUGCACAUGUGAUGUUAGUAGUGGUAAGAAUUACAGAACCUUCGUCGCUUUUAUAAAAAAGAUUUUUAUCAGCGGCUUAUGAAGUAUUAGUUACUAUUUAGAAAUAAUUUUUUGCAAAAAUGUAAACCGUAUAGGAACAAAAUGCGCAUAUUCACUUGCGGGUUUAUACAAUAGCGAGGUUAUAUUUAUUUUUAACGCUAUCAGCAUUUAUUGAAGAACUUUGCAAUUAAUGUUUAUUUGAAUUGCAAGAAACAAAAUUUGACUUUAAAAUACUUAUAGAAUUAUAUGUUUAUGAACUAUGUUCGUGCGAACAAUUUAUUAAUUGAUUGUAAAAUUUUUUGUUAUAAUAUUGAUAAAAAAUAUCAAACUAUUUAUACAGCAUUAUGUAAUCUCAAACAAAAAGCAGUAUAUAAAACCAUCCGUGAGAGCGAAAUAUCAUUGAUUGUGAUACAGAAAGUGAAAACACACAUUCUAUUACAUCUUACAUAUAAUUUUUUUAAGACAGUGUAAAGACAAAAGUUGACAAGGCGAAUAUCCUCAUCGUAUUAUAUCAUAUUUUUUAUUUCUUUGAUCUUAAAAAUAUGUAAGACGCCAAAUACCAAUGUCAUACUUUAAUAAUGAAAUGUAUACUUGUUAUUUAGUAUUUAAUAAAAAAAUUCAUACAUUAA